AAUAGUGAUGGCGGCGGGCUAUUUGGAAAAACGUGUUUAAAACGUUGUUUUGCGAAGUUCGUAUCUUGAAAGAGUAUUUUUAUCGUGAAUUACAGAAUGGAGGAGGAUAGUGGCGAGAGGAGGAAUGAGAGUUGCGAGAAUGAGGUAGAAAAGACGGAGAAAGUCGAGAAAAAACACAAGAAAAGACAGAAGAAACUCCUGGGUGAAUUGCAGGAACAGAUCAAAUUUUACUUCAGCGGGCCAAAUCUUCAGAAAGAUCGUUUUUUGCGGAAAAAAAUCACUGAAAGUGAAAAUGGAUGUGUAGAAAUUAAGACCAUUGCAAGCUUUAACCGAAUGAAACAAUUAUGUGAUGAUAUCACACUGAUUGUUAAAGCUAUGAAGCUUUGUCCAUCUGUUGAAGUAAUCGAUGAUAAAUGGGUGAAACCAUCACAACCACUUCCUCAGCCAAAGAAUGUUGACUCUGUCACAGUUUAUGUGGAGAGGCUCCCUUCUAACGCAGAUCAUAACUGGAUCAAAUCAUUGUUUUCAUCUUGUGGAACCGUUGUUUAUAUCAGUUUGCCUCGCUUCGCUGAGACCAGAGAAAUAAAGGGAUUUGCUUUUGUUGAAUUUGAGAAGGAAAGCGAAGCCGAGGCCGCGCUGAAGAUGUUUGCUGAGGAGAAAAACGAUGAAGGGGAAGACCAGCCGGAGGAUAAACCGCAAGACGACCAUGAUGUGAUUGAUGAACACGCGGAAAAACAAAACAAAAAGACUAAAAAACGCAAAGCUAAAGUGAGCGAGUCUGAAAGCGACGAUAUGAAAGGAAAGUGUAAAAGAUCUAAGCGCAGGAAAGAAGGAAGUUCAAGUACAAUUUCUGAUGCUAUUGAGACCAGUCAUGAUAGGUCGAGGAACGUGAAAAAUGAACAGAAGAAAGACGUUGAAGGGAGCAUUAAGAAGGAAGUUUGUGAGGAAAGUAGUGGCAAUGAAGCUAGUGGAAAGGAUAAUGAACCAAAGGGAAGUGAUGAUGUUCCAGACAGAACUGAACGUAAGGAACGGAAGCGGAGGAGAUCUGAGGCGAGUGAUGAUGAAGAAGAUACGACCAGUAAGAAGAUUAAAGAGUCCUCAGAAGCUGAAGAUGUGGGUGGUGCUUCAAGUAAGAAGAACGAUUGCGAGGCUAAUGCCCAGGGUGACGCGGGCGAAAUGGGUGGUGCUAAUAAGAAAAAGAAGAAACGCAAACGGAAGAGGAAGGAAAAGCAAAAGGUGGAAGUACCUCGACUUCGUGUCAUAUCUAAGAAGGAUUGGCUUAAGAUGAAACAGGAAUAUCUAAACCUUCAGAAAGCUGCCAUGGGAGAAGCGAAAGAAAAAUUGAGAAAAGAGUCAAAGAAGAAGACUGAACUAGCUUCUGAAACAGCCGCGAAAACUCAAGAAGACGACAGCGACAGAACUUCUGGGAGAGGUAGUGAAGGAAGAAGCGAUGAAAAGGCCAGCAAAGCCGUAAAAGACUUACCUGAAAAGCUGAAAAUGCAACAUGGCGUUGUGUUGAAGUUCUCUUGUGAAGACAAAAUUAAUAACAGCCAGUUAAGGGGAGUAUUUUCAAACAUCGCUCCUGUUUUGUACUUGGAUAAAGAUCUUGACAGCAAUACGGGCUACGUUCGUUUUGCAACCAAGGAAGCCUGUGAUAAAGUUGCAGAUUCGUUUUCAAAAACUGGUUCCUUGGAGAACAUCACAGUCAGAAAGUUGACAGAAAAUGAAGACACAGAUUAUUGGGAGCAAAUAAAUAGUGAUCGAUUUAAGCGUCUUCAACAAGGAAACAAACAAAACAGAAAUAAAAGAGGACGGCAAAAGAUCACAAAGAAAAUGGAUGAUCGAAAUGCAAAAAAGCAAGUGCAUGUUCAUUUUGAAGACUGAGGAGGUUGCCUUCAAGUUUCAAGGCAUGGACAAAUGCCUCUGCAAUGGGGGGUCCACUGUCUUCACUGGUUGUGGAAGUUGCAAGAUGAGGCAAAAUUUGAGAACCUGGAUGAAUCUGUGAUGAUCGAAAGGUGAAAAAUCAAACAUUGGAAGCAAACAUUAGGGGGUCAGUUGUCUCCUGGGGUCAGGGGCAUAAAAAUAGUGUACUCUUUAGAAAUCCCAUGUGUAGUGUGAACUGGCACAUAUAAUUACCACUUUCUGUCUGCCCAAUAUACACCUGGCUGGAAUGGUAUAUAUGUACAUAUAUUGCAGAGGGAGUUUACCUACCCAGGGAUCAUGAUAACUUGCUCAUCACUAAUCUGUCUAAUGGGAACUUUGUGUAUUUAGUGAAGCGACUAAAAGCAUUUAAAGAUAUGGGAUGAUGGGAUUAAUAGGAAUAUCAAAGAUUACUAUGUUUGAUGGGGAGAUUAAUUAUUAAUGCUACUAAUAUACUCCAUAUACUCACCUGCUAU